AUGGACGUUUAUCCCCGGCCCAGGCCCUCUAGAAAACAAGAAAAUAACAAUAACAACAACACUAACGCCAACAACAACGCCGGCAGCCGCUUGCGCCCCGUCGCCGAUGCGCUUGACGCUGUCGGCUUCCCCUCCAAGGGCGACAAGACACUACUAGAGCACAAGGCACAAAAAGACUUCUAUGACAAAAUAGUUGAUCGCUACAUGCGCUUUUGCUCGCGCAAUUCGCAUGACCUGGAGGCCGCCUGGGCUUCCCUCCCCGCCAGCGCAUCUGCAGACGCUACCAAGAACCCCCCAGCCAACCUUCCUGUCCGGCCUCGCGCACAAGCACCGCCGCAAAAUGAAGACGCUGAUUCUCUGGUUGCAAAAACCGCCAAGUUGAGCCUUGGUCCACAAAAGCCGACGCGAGAUGAGCGGCAACAAUCCCCCGCGGUGGAAUUGUCCACGCUGCUGAUGUCACUUCGGAAGCUGCGCGAAGGGCUCCUGGCAACGGCCUCUACAACUCCCGUCACUUUCCAACAACAGGUUCACAUAUUCUCCAUCAGGUUCUCCAUUCUAGCUCACCAUCCGCCGUCCUACUUCUCUUCGCUACGCUACCUGCUCGAGUCCCUGCACACAUCGACCCAUCCCCUCACGCCACCUCAGCUGACCGAAUUCACAUCCUACCUCAUCCUCGACUAUGCCUGUCGACAAAACUCAUUUGCCGCCGCCUAUGCCUUGCUGGUCGAGUCCAAGGAAAAGCACGGCUUCCAAUCCCCGGUGGUGGAGCAAGUGCUCACCGCGCUAACCCAUGACAACUGGGUCUCGUUCUGGCGCAUCCAUAAAGGAGUAGACGGAUAUGUGCGUGCAGUGAUGGGCUGGGCAACGGAAAACGUCAUAAGGCAGGCCCUCAAGGCUGUUGGUCGAACAUACCUAAGCGUCAACCUGAAUUGGCUGUUGACCAACUGUACUGGUGACGAGGACUGGACAUGGGAGGGCCUGGCAGAGAAGGAGAGGCUUGGAUGGGAUCGAGAAGGUGACACGAUUAUUAUUCGUAGACCCAAGCCAAAGCAAUAA